CAUUAAUGGAAAGUAGUUAUUUUACCCUUUCAACACCGAAUAAUCUGAAAGUAAAUGAAUUCUCAUUCUACGCGAUACGCGGAUUUCAGACUUUUUGGGUUUUGGAGACAUAACAACGUGUAAUCGGCUAAAGUCUGUGUCUGCUUCAAUCUAUCGAAUAGAGUUUGUUCAGUUUGUUGAUGACAAUCUCCUCAAUUUCCAGUCAAGUAUAACAACAGUAUAUACUUCUAAUACAUCGGCAUAAUGGGUCAUCACCACCAUCACAACACCGGCGAUGGAGGAGUUUCUCAUCAGCGGGUCAACAGCCCGCGAUUCUCCGGCUCAAUGACUCGACGAGCUCACUCUUUCAAGCGUAAUCCUAACAACACUCAGAACAAUGUUAACGAGAUAAUUACUAACACCAGUGGUUCUAGUUUUAGUACUCACCAUGAAAUUGAUGUGCUAGUGAACUCUCCCAGAUCUGAGAUUGGACCCAGCUCGGGUUCUUGUGAUACGUCUGAGUUUAAGCACCAAACUGUGAACCAUGUGAGCCAGAGAGUUCAUUUAAAGGGUUUGUUGAAGAAGCCAGUUGUGGGAUCUGUGGUUUUAGUAUUGGGUUUCAGAGAAAAGAAGAAGCUUGGUCAUUGGAUGUUCUUGGUUUUUUGUGGGGUUUGUUUGUUUUUAGGUGUUUUCAGGAUCUGUGUUAAUGGCUGGUUUGGAUCUGCCAUUGAAAGAGCCGCCUCCGAUCAGGACUUACCUUCCUCUUCCAUCGCUCAGUCAAAUGUAAUGGACCAUAGCUCUCAUGAUUACCGGACAGGGGAAGGAGGUAAUGAUGUUGAACGGACUUUAAAGAUGGUUGCAUCUGGUGUUGUUGGUAGUAACUAUGGCACUACCGAAUGUUCAGGUAUCUGGUCCCAGCCUAACAGUGAGAAUUACACCCAGUGCAUUGGUGAUCCAAAAAACCACAAAAAGCUAGAUGCAAAGACAAAUGGCUACAUGCUCAUUAAUGCUAAUGGUGGCUUGAACCAGAUGAGAUUUGGGAUAUGCGAUAUGGUUGCUGUUGCUAAGAUAAUGAAGGCAACACUUGUCCUUCCUAUGCUUGAUCACAACUCUUACUGGGCUGAUGAAAGUGGCUUCAAAGAUCUGUUUGAUUGGAAACAUUUCAUGAAAACACUUGAGGAUGAUAUCCAUAUGGUUGAGACAUUACCGCUUGCCUUUGCUGCAUUAGAGCCUUUCAACAAAACACCAAUAUCUUGGUCUAAGGUUGGCUAUUACAAAACAGAGGUGCUCCCCCUGUUGAAGCAGCACAAAGUAAUCUAUUUUACCCAUACUGAUUCUCGUAUUGCCAACAAUGGAAUCCCAAGUUCCUUACAAAAGCUGAGGUGUCGUGUAAAUUAUAGGGCAUUGAAGUAUUCAGCCCCCAUAGAACAACUGGGAAAUACCUUGGUUUCUAGAAUGAGAGAAAAUGGAAGCCCAUAUCUUGCUCUUCAUUUAAGGUACGAAAAAGAUAUGCUUGCAUUUACAGGGUGCAGUCAUAAUUUGACAGCAGAAGAAGAUGAUGAGCUACGUAGGAUGCGAUAUGAAGUUAGUCAUUGGAAGGAAAAGGAGAUUAAUGGAACAGAAAAGAGAUUGCUUGGUGGCUGCCCGUUGACCCCUAGAGAGACUUCACUUCUGCUUAAAGGGCUGGGAUUCCCAGCCAGCACCAGGAUUUAUUUGGUAGCUGGUGAAGCUUAUGGUAAAGGAAGCAUGCAAUAUCUUCAGGAUGCCUUCCCCAAUAUCUACUCUCAUUCCACUCUUUCUACAGAAGAAGAAUUGGAUUCCUUCAAAAAUCACCAGAACAUGUUGGCUGGUUUGGAUUAUGUAGUUGCGCUACAAAGUGAUGUAUUUCUUUAUACUUACGAUGGAAAUAUGGCAAAGGCGGUUCAAGGUCACAGGCGGUUUGAGAACUUCAAGAAGACUAUCAAUCCAGACAAGAUGAAUUUUGUCAAACUUGUUGAUGAAUAUGAUGAAGGAAAAAUUUCAUGGAAGAAAUUCAAUUCAAAAGUGAAAAAGCUACACAAAGACAGAGAUGGAGGUCCAUAUCUUAGGGAGGCUGGAGAGUUUCCAAAGCUGGAGGAGAGUUUUUUUGCGAAUCCACUUCCGGGAUGUAUUUGUGAAACUGCUCAAAAUACAUAGGUGUUAAAUGUAAAGGAUUUGGAAAUGGAAUUAUAUCAUUUGAGUUGAAGUUGAAGCAAGAGAUGGGUAGGUGGGGUGGCAGUGCUCAAGGUGUAAUUUGUCUCCCAAGGAGGCAAAAAUUUAAACAUCCAAAUUCAGCUUCAUGAGAGAUGUUGGAAAAAGAAAAGAAGAAAAGCAAAUGGCACAUAUCAUUACACAGGUGAAAUGAAAUGUGGGAAUCCAUGCCAUGAAUGGGAGAACUCUAUUGAAACAAAUGUUAUUGGGUUUGGGGUUAUUGAAGUGUAUGUUUGUACUUGCAAUUGGUUUUUACAGGAUAAUAUUAAUGCUUCUGAAAUACGAUUUUCAAAAAUUUUAAUUGCAGGCUAAGAUCAAGUAAA